CGCGUCCUCUAAUGCGGCUUUGACACCAGGUCCGUUUUUACCUCUUUGCUUUCUUUAUUCCACCCUGCCUCCCUCUUUCUUUCCCUGUUUAUUGCGCCUUAACCUGCCGCAUGUGUGUAUUUAUUUAUUUAUGCAUCUUACGUGAAAGUGUUUAGGUUUUUUACAUUUUAGCCGUUCCUCCAAUGAGAAGACGUAAAAAAUGGAGCUUCAUAUUUUAGAGCACAGCCUGAAAGUGGCGAGUAUAGAAAAGGAGGGGAUCCAGAUUUGCACACACGCGUUAAUAAAGCUCGCCUUCUUGGCCUCCAAAACCAGAUGCAAGUUUUUCAGUUUGACAGAGACUCCUGAGGACUACACCAUUAUCGUCGACGAAGAGGGCUUUAAAGAGCUCCCCCAGUCAGAGCACAUCAGUGUUGCUGAUUCCACAUGGCUGGCUCUUAACGUGGUGUCAGGGGGCGGCAACGCCUCCAAUUCGCAGCCCAUCGGAGUCACCAAAAUCGCCAAAUCGGUGAUCGCACCACUGGCCGACCACAACAUCUCCGUUUUCAUGCUGUCCACGUAUCAGACGGACUUCAUUCUGGUUCGAGAGAGAGACCUGCCCAUGGUCACGCACACGCUGUCUUCCGAAUUCACGUUGCUCCGCGUGGUCAAUGGAGAGACUGUAGCUGCUCACAAUCUGGGAGUCACCAAUGGAUUUGUAAAGCCAAAACUAGUGCCCCGUCCCAUCAUUCACCCCUUAUCUAGUCCCAGCAACUUGUUCUGUGUGACCAGCCUGGACCCAGACACACUGCCCUCUGUAGCCACCCUGCUCAUGGACGUCAUGUUCUACUCUGGAGGACCCAAAGAGCCCGGAGCAUCCAGUGAGGACUCGAGCCACAUUCGCUUCUUCUCCUUCUCCCUGAUAGAGGGCUACAUCUCUCUGGUCAUGGACGAACAGACGGCUCAAAGGUUUCCAAACAACGUCCUGUUUACCAGUGCGUCUGGUGAGCUUUGGAAAAUGGUUCGCAUUGGAGGACAACCCUUAGGAUUUGAUGAGUGUGGCAUCGUGGCUCAGAUAUCAGAACCCCUGGCAACGGCUGACAUUCCAGCUUACUACAUUAGUACCUUCAAGUUUGACCAUGCUCUGGUUCCUGAAGAAAACAUCCAAAGUGUGAUUGGAGCUCUGCGGACCGAGAGCACAGCACAAUGAAGAAAACCAUGGGAACGACCAUUUUCAAAAUGACUUCAUUCAAACGUUUAUCAUGUCCAAAAAGUGCCAAAAGCUUAUUAGCGGACUGCUGUGGAUUGGCUCUGAAAGGAAAAGAUGGAACCGCACAGUGUGGGUGGCGUUCAGGAACCAGAGUUUUAGGGAAGUCUUUGUUACUUGCUUAUUCCACCCCCCAAACCCCCCACCCUCCACCCCUCGCUCCCUCUGCACCUGAGGCCUCUCCACUGCCUGUUCUGGUGGUUGUUGCUUUCCUUUACCACACUGAAUGUUUCUUCUCCUCUUUAAAAGCUGCCUCCUCCCACUCCCUGACCCCGAGCAGCACCAUACUGUAUUAGUUAUAUAACUCCUUACAUGGAAGGAUGACGAAUGUUUUUCCGCAGGUCAUUUUCCUCAGUGCCAUGAUGUCUGAAUGCCUAAACGGAUGCCUUUGUCAUAGUACUAUAUAUAUAUAUAUAUAUAUAUAUAUAUAUAUAUAUAUUUUAUAAUUACAUGCGUGCAAUUGAAGGAUACAGUUUUGAAGGCAGCCAGUGAUGAAAUGCCACCUGACUGAGCAAUAUGGUGUUUUUUUUUUUUUGUUUUUUUUCCCUCAACAUCUGUUGAGCAUGUUUUAAAUUACAGCAGUGAUCUGACUGUUAUCAAGUCUCUUCAGACUUGGAGCUUAAAUUCAAAGGCUUAGUCUGGUGGAGUUAAUCUAAGGUCUUGAUAAUGAAUCCAUAUUUACUGCUUUGAUAAGAUGGAACCAUUCACACUGUGAGCAAACUGGUCGGUGGGUUGUUCAGAAUGAGCUAAAUCAGCACAUUUGGGAUUUCUUUCUUCUUUUUUUUAAUGUGUUCUUCAGCUGCAAAGCGUAAUUAGUGUAAAUAAUGUCUAAACUCACAAACUUGAUAUGAUUUGGUGAAAUCAAUGAAAUAUUUCUACUCUCUACUAGACGGACUGGGGAGAGGAUAGAGCACCUUACACUUCAGUCAAAAAUGUUUAAUUUUCCAAUAGUGUGGUUGAAGAGCAAAUGUCAACACAAAUUGACAUUUGCAUUAGUUUUUCUCAAUCGGACAUAAUAAGCAGGCGCCCAAAGACACUGGCAUGGCCAUAAGUGCCAGAUCGCGUCGUGUACUGUGUAAUUGAUCACAAAUAAUGUUUUGUCUAAUUUCUUUUCUUUCAAAUGCUAAAAACAUAAAUUAUACAAAAUUAUGAAAAAAAAAAACAUUUAAUAGUAUUUACAAUAAAUGUAGUUAGGGGGUAUCAGUAACAUCUAUAAAAAGACUUUAAAAUUCAUUAAUUGGACAUCAUGUGUUUAAUAUGUUUUUUAUGUAACACUAAUCCAAACUAAUCUGCUGUUGUCGCCAACAUAGACCAUAGACUACUUUGGAGUAAAGACUGGAAGCAGUGGAAACCCUGAGCCUGGUUCAGACCUGAGCCUCUGCACUUGGUUCAUCAGCACGUUGUAUCUUAUUAUGUGCUUUUACAGGGACUUGAUAACUUGCUCUAGAUUAGCGGCCGCUGAGAGCUGGGACUUCCGAGAUCAGUAAACGCGUCACGUAGAAGCUUUGCGUAUCACGAUUAGCCACAAACCAACUCUUCCUCUCCCACUGUGCUGAUCGCUCACUUGAUCGCGUUGCUCACAGUGUGAACUCGGAGAAAGGCCAGGCAUAAAAAUGUUUGCUUUUACAGUAGUAAUAAAUUACUGAGCCACUUUGACAUUAAUGAUAAUAAUGAUCAUGCUAAACAUAAGCUAAGGUUCACGCAGGGGGAGAAACAUUUCCCUCCAUGCCCUGUGUCCUUUUAGGCGUUGACGCUGCUCCUCCCCUGCCUCCAGUCUGCACUUUAAUGCAGGUUCCACCCCCACAGGCCUGCUGUACUGAUGUGAAAACGGGGAGGACUACUUACUUUGGAGAGAUCCUGUCCAGAUGGGGAGACUCCUGUUGGUCUUGAGCAUUUGGUGAUAUUGUUCUUCUUUCACAACACUUUGCACCUAACAUUUCUUCUGAUCAGACUUGAUUAGCAGAAACCCUGUAUUUAUCAGUGUUAAAACAACAUGAUGAAGGUGACAUUUAUUCUGAUUCUGUUUCAAGGAAAAUAUUACAAGCCUUUCAUUUGGAGCUUCUUGUGUGGAGAAAAAAAACAAUAAACAAUCUUUUUUGAGCUUGUUGCACAUUC